UCACAAAAAAGAACAGUUACAAAAAUCAUUAAAAUCAUGUUCUAUUAUUUUUUAGUAACCAUUUUGAAGCCGCUGUUCUAGUGUGUUUACAGAAUACUGGGUGCAGUACAGCAUGUCUAACUGAAGAUGGCGCCAAAGCAUUUGCCGCUGUGUGUUUAUGUCCUUCUCAACGCAUCAUCUGUUUAUCUUUACCUCUUUCGCUGAUCGUCUGUGCACAGCUAUGUGAUACUGCCUUUCAAGCAUCGGGAUAAACCAAGCUUCCUUUUUGUACACCAUUCCUCUCUUCUGUCCUUCUGUCUACGACUGGAGGAUGGCGAUGGUAUGGCUGAAGAGUGACAAUCAGGUUGUUCAAGGGCUGCUGCGCAGACUGAGUCAUGUAACUCAUAAUAUUGAUGAAAUUAUGCAACGAGAGACGAGUCCGCUUUGUGCUGCUGACAUCAUCACUGAGCUCAAGAAGGAGUUUGCAUAUCUGUCAGGUGGCAGAGGACAGGAUGGCAGCCCUAUAAUUAUCUUUCCUGAAUACCCAGCAUUUAGUGAAAUUGGUGAUGAAGAGUUCCACAACGUUCUAACUUACCUGACAAGUGUUCCCAGUUUGAGUGCAGCAGGGGUUGGUUUCAUCUUAGUGAUUGACAGGCGGCAGGAUCGCUGGGCAUGUGUAAAAGGGACAUUACUCCGUAUCUCAGGAGGCUUCCCAGGGAACCUGAGACUGAUUCUGGUGCUGCGACCCAUCACACUGCUUCAGCGCGCUCUCUCAGAUAUGUUCUUCAAGUACCAUGUGGAGGAUUUCAAUAUGAAGGUGCCAGUUAUUAUGCUGAGCUCAGUGGCAGAGUUGCAUUCCUAUAUAGAUCGGAGUCAGCUGACCAUAGAAUUGGGUGGCACUCAACAAUACUGCCAUAACACCUGGAUCUCACAUCGCAUGGACAUAGAAGGCUUUUCUUUCUUGGUGAAGAAAGUGACGCUGCAACUACAGGCUUUUGGCAGGAAAUUGGCAGAGACUGAACUGCCUAACAGCCCCUCAGCAACCAGCAAUCUGCUUAAUGCACACAGCAGCAAGAAUGACUGCAUGAAGGAGGAGCUGGCGUGUACCCUAAAACAAGGCCGUGAGAUCUUGGAAAAUAUUCGAGAGCCGGUGCGCAGGGACCCGGACUCCAGUCUGAACCCAGACCAGCUGGAGAACCUAGCCACUGUACACAGACUGUUGUCUCAGUUAAAUCAAAGCUCUACUGCAUUUGAUGAGUUCUGGCUGCAGCAUCGGAAAAAGCUUGAACUGUGCUUGCAACUCUGCCAGUUUGAGCAGAACUCCAAACAGGUAGCAGCAGAGCUGGAGCAAGUGACAGAUAAAUUGACAGCAUUCCCACAUGUAGGAAUGAGCCAGACCCACACUGAACAUCUCCUCAAAGAGUUGACUGAUCAAGAAAACACAGCAUAUGCAAUAUUAGACAGGAUGGAGGCCUUGGUUGCUGAAGGAAAGAGUUUGUCUGACAGCUGUGAGUAUGCUUCUGAGGAUAUUAGGACAAAAUGUGCUGAGCUGCAGAGAACCAGAGAGGAACUUGUACAGGGACUCAAAGCUAAGAGGGACUUACUGCUAGAGGCUAUGGAGCUCCAUGAGAAACUGCAGGGUGUGUUUAAAUGGUGUGAUGAUGGCAUUUACAUGCUGGCAUCUCAGCAACUUGACAAGUGUCAGUCACAGGAGGGAGCAGAAUCUGCCCUGCAGGAACUGGAAGGAUAUCUAGAGACAGCCAUUGAGCUGCAGCAGUGGGACGUGAGCAUGGUGUGCACAGAGUAUGAAAGUGUGUUGAAUGGAGAACUGAAGGAGCAGGUGGAGCGAAUGUUUCAGAAGAGAGCUUUGCUACUGGAGAUGUUUGACAAAAGAAGGGUCAGUUUAAAAAAGCUAGCAGCCAAGCAGACUCGCCCAGUCCAGCCUGUAGCCCCAACCCCUGAAGCCAUCAAAUCACCCCCUUCCUCACCAGCUCUUAGGGUGUGUGAGAAGAGUUUUGGCAGCAAAGAUGCAGAGACAAACUAUAAUGAAGCAUGCUCUGAGCAGAAUGUCGGGAGCAGCCGUACUGCCUCAGUGUCUGAUGAGGAAGAAAAUCUGGCAGUGCUUCGCAGGCAUGUGAUGAAUGAAUUGCUGGAAACUGAAAGAGCAUAUGUAGAAGAACUCCUGUGUGUUCUACAGGGCUAUGCUGCUGAGAUGGACAACCCUGCCAUGGCUUCCCUCAUCCCCACUGCCCUGCAGAACAAGAAGGAUGUGCUAUUUGGCAACAUGCAGGAAAUAUACCUCUUCCAUAAAACAAUAUUCCUCACAGAGUUGGAAACAUACACAGACUGUCCUGAACUUGUGGGACACUGUUUUCUGAAGAGGAUGGGAGACCUGCGGAUUUAUGAGAAAUAUUGCCAUAAUAAACCCAAAUCGGAGAGCCUCUGGAGACAGUGCUCUGAUUGUGCUUUCUUUCAGGAAUGUCAAAAGAAACUGGAACACAAACUUGGCUUGGACUCGUACCUACUGAAGCCGGUUCAGAGAAUUACUAAAUACCAACUUCUGCUGAAGGAAAUGAUAAAGUACAGUAAAGGCUGUGAGGGUUCAGUGGAGCUGCAGGCGGCUCUCUCCUCCUUAGUUGGCAUUCUAAAGGCCGUCAAUGACUCAAUGCACCUUAUUGCCAUUACCGGAUAUGAGGGUAACCUGGCAGACCUGGGGCGGCUCCUGAUGCAGGGUUCGUUCAGUGUUUGGGCUGAGCAUAAACGUGGCCAUGUGAAGAUGAUGGAGCUGGCACGCUUUAAGCCCAUGCAGAGGCACCUGUUUCUGCACGAGAAGGCUCUGCUGUUCUGUAAGAGGCGUGAGGAGAACGGUGAGGGCUACGAGAAAGCACCCACCUACAGCUUCAAACAGGAAAUGAGUAUGCGUGCCAUUGGAAUCACUGAGCAUGCCAAGGGAGACAAUAAGAAGUUUGAGAUCUGGUCCAGAUCCAGAGAUGAAGUAUACACUGUGCAGGCACCGUCUGAGGAAAUUAAGACUACCUGGGUGACAGAAAUCCGAAAACUUUUAACUGGACAGCUGGAGGCCUGCAGAGAAGCCAGCCAGCAGAGGACUACUUCUCAACUAACUGCAGAGAACAAUUCACUGGAGAGGUUUGUGAGGGAUCGACAGACUAAAGAAGACAUGAACAAAGAGGUGCAGAAUCAAGGAACAAAAGAGGAAAGAAGCAAUGAACCCAAAAGCCCUGAUGGCAAAAUAAUAGAGAGAGCAAAGGGGUUGUUUAACUCUGAGAACAAAGUCAAGCGGCAAGACAUCAAAAGUGACCCAACUCCAUUAGAAACUGGGCCACUUCUCCAUUUAGGUGGAGUCAGAAGGUUAAGUACAUCAAGCCUGUUUCAAACUCGUAAAAGAGGAUGGAAUAAGCGCUCUGUCUCAAUGGAUCCCUCGAUGGAGGAAGGGUAUUUCAUCACAGAGGAUGACAUGAUUUUUGAUCCUGAGGAUGAACAAGAAAACAAACCUGCUGUAGAAGCAAGUGCUACAAAUGAAGAGCCCAAAGUGAUAGCAGAAUCCUUGCAUGGAGAAGAGCUUGACUAACAAGAUUCCAACUGUCUGUGUUGUGGACGAAGUGAGAACUCCUCCUGUAUAUCACCUCUUCCUUCUCAAGUUUUCCUGAAUCGGCUUAAACGUAGUCACUUGUUUCUGCUCAGUUUCAUGCAUUGCAGUGUUCUUAUCCCUUUAAACAACACAAACUUUCAUUCUAUGUAUUAUCGUGGUUAUGGUGGUUAAGUCCAGUGCUCUCCAUUCUGAACAUGUCAGCUGUCUGUCUGCAUGAGUACAGUCUUAACCUCCAUGUAAAAUUAGCAUAUCAUAUAUGCAAAUGUUAUUGUUCUGGCUGUGCCUGCACUUGAUGUGAUCCAUACGUCUAUGUACAGUCGUAUAUUGUUCAUGUAUUUAAAGUAUAUAAAGUCUAAAAAACGAAUUAAACCUUUCAACAUUG